GUCUUCGAUCUAUCAUGGCCGCCGCGUGAAAAAGGUGUAUUGACACGACAGAAGCACACGUACGACCCAUAACCUUUAGCACAGUCACAUGAGGUCUAGCAAAUGAUUACAUUAGAGUAGUUGGGUUACUUCACUAGACGGCGACCCAUGAUUUUAUGAUGUCCCACUGUCUCUCUGACGCUGAGUGGGGUGUUACCUGGUAGAAGAAAGCUGAACGCAACUCUUCAACUACAGAUAACUAGGUGGGGGGACACAUAGUAUGAACUCAACUCUACUCUAGUGAUAUAUUGUAGAAGAAAAUUUCAAGACACCUACCAAGACCAAGCUGCGAUGAGUGACCACGUCAGUGACGCCAUCACCACAGUGAGUGACGACGCCAUCAAACAUAGUGACGUAGACGAGGAUAUGAUGUCAGUUGUAGCGAGCCUGACGUCACCGCGCAGAUACGUGCCGUCGUGGUACCUGUACGAUACACGCGGGUCGGAGUUAUGUGAGGAACAGAUACAGAAAUCAAAGACCUACAAACUCUGGCAGCACGAGUACAGCAUACUUCAGACCCACGCAGACGACAUCGUCAGCAAAGUCUCGUACCCAGCGGUUCUUGUUGAUCUCGGCAGCGGAGCGUCCUCCAAAACCCGCCUAAUCAUCGAGGCUAUGCUGAAGAGGGGCGGGCGUUUCACAUUUGUUCCAGUAGACAUGGCUAAGGAGUUUAUCGAGACCUGCGGCCGCCAGCUGGACACAGACUACCCGGGCCUGACUGUGGAGCCCUUCGUUGGGCUGUACAUGGACGGGGUGCGGCAUGUUGCCGCCCGGGAGGAGCCGAAAUUACUGCUGUGGCUGGGGAGCAGUUUUGGUAACGUUCCAGUCCACCAAGAAGUGAAGAUGCUACAUGAUAUCCGAGCACAGCUUAGUGAUAAGGACAGGUUGGUGCUUGGGAUGGACAUGAACACUGACCGAGAGGCUUUGUCUCAGGCUUACGGGGACCAAUGGAUACCGCUACUUCGAGACAACUUGAUUUCUCGUUACAAUAAGGACUUUGCCGGAAACAUGGACGCUGAGAAGUUUAAGCAUAUAUUUGAGUUUGUGGAGAACCCUCCGGAUGGAGACACGCCGAGCUAUGUUGUGAAAUCCCUAAGCAGUUCCGGCAAACAACGAGUGCAUUUUGGAAAGCUGGGCCUCGACAUUGAUUUUGAAGACGGCGAAAGGGUUUAUUUCUGUGAGGGGCCAAACACCAGCAGCAAGUGGAACCUGGGACAGCUGCGCCGCCUAGCGGAGAGAAGCGGCUUCGCAGUAGAAGCCCACUGGACCAAUGAUGAGGAGAACUAUUGCGUCAUAUGUUUGGUAGUGGCAGACGUUGAUCAACAUUCUGUUUAACGUUACAAGGCUAACCCCUCAAUCUUUUUCUAAGGUGG